AGAGCUCUUUGUGGCUCCACGCACGGCCGCACGGCUCGCAAGCGGGGUUUAGCCUGGUUUUUCAGGCACCGGCGGAUGCCCCCGUGCACCCAAAACGGCAACUGCGGCGCAGGCCUCUUCUCCUUGGUGGAGGCGCUGCUUCAUAGCCUUGAUCGCCGUGAAGAACUCCCGGGCCUUUGUAGGCUCCAAUCGAUCAUCCUCCCGCCGGACGACGGCCGGAUGGCCGGCGGUUUCUGCCCCUCCCGGGAGUCGUGCAAGCGGAGCAACGAGAAGCCAGAGCAAGGAGAUUUGGUGAUUUUGGGUUUUGGCUUUGGUGUGCACCCUGAGUACCAAAGCUGCGCUGCCGUGGUCACCCGGGUGGAGACCGGGUCACAGCAUUGCACCCAUUGCACGGUGGCUGUGCUGGACCCCUCGCGCAGCUUUCGGGUGGGCGAGUGCCAAGUGGCCUUGGAUGAUGUGAAGCCAGUUCACAAAGAAUGGCGUGCCGGAGCCCGGCUGGUGAUUGGCGGGCUUCAAAGUAGUAAAAUGAGACAUCUCAAUGGCCACGUCGUCCAUGUUUGUGAGCAUCGACGACAUGGUCAUCCUUGCUUCGUUCAACCCACCAGCGGUCGCAAAGACAAGCUCACCUUGUGCGUGCGUCUGGAGGAUCCCAUCCCAGACCAUGCCACGGCCUUGCUGUUGGAACCCAGGUUUCUGUCACCUUACAUCCAGAAGCCGCUGGCCCCUUCGCAGCCGGCUUUGGCACCGAAGUUGAAGCUGCCGGAUCAUGAGAUGGUGACGCUGCUGUCCGGGCACCGGCGCAAGCAACCAGGGCUCUCCACGGCGGAUUCCAAACCAGUAGACCUCCGCUCGUUCCCGGCGAAGCCCUCUUCCAGCCCGCCGCAGUCCUGCUCCAGCGGCUUUUUGGGUUUCAUCUCCUGGUUGGUGGAGGCUCCCUCCAAGGCGGAGGAAGAACACCCCAUGGUUUGUAAGUCCACCUCGAUCAUCAGCGUGGAUGAUGACUCCCCUCGCGCGAACUCCGCGAGCGCCACCAACGCGAACUCGGGGCUGGCGGGACUGCAGAUGCUGCACCCAAUCCCUGAGUUGUCACCCGGAGGAGAUUCCGGUCACAUUUACAGCUCCCAGAUCCCUGAGCAAGGGGACCUGGUGGUGCUUGGACGCAAUGUGACUCCACGCUUCCAGUUGUGUGCUGCAGUGGUGAAGGAGGUCCACAGCGACUUUUGCAACGUCGCUGUGCUGGACGACUCCCGGUCCUUCGUCGUGGGCGAGUGCUCCGUGGACUUCCGGGAGAUCAUACCGGUUCAUCAAGAUUGGCGUGUGGGCUCGCGCCUGGUAGUGGGAGGGCUGCAGAGCAGUCACAUGAGGCACCUGAAUGGGCUCUUUGCCACGGUGUGCCCCCACAAGCGCUUUGGACACCCAUGCCUCAUCCAGAAGCCCAGCGCACCGAACCAAGCCUUGUGGCUGACCUUGUGCCUGCGCUUUGAGGACACGGCCAAAUCACAGAUCCACGGCGCCUUGCUGGAGCCUCGCUUUUUGACGCCCAGCAGCGGCAAGUGGUUGGAGCGGUUCCCCCGAGCUCCAUCGGACGUGGCCUCUGAGUCGACGAUGUCCACCAGCAGUUACCAGAAGAGCCUCUCAAUGCCUUCCACUCCGGCCAGCAGCCACUCUUCCUCGCGGAGCGGGAAAAGCGGCAAAAGCGAGGAUGAUGGCAAGAGAAGUUCCUUGGGGAUGCGAGGCACCUUAGAUGUCAGCUUUCACAAGCCGCACUUGCCGCAAGCAGCCUCGCAGGCGAGUGAGGAAGAGCAGAAGGUCUACCAAACCCACACGUCCCUCACCUCGACGUCCUCGGGGGGCAGUUAUCAGAAGACCUCUUCCUUGCCCUCGACGGCUUCCGGAAGAUCGGGAGGCAUCCCGUUGGCACGUAUGGAGCAGGAGGUCAAGGAAUUGCGCUCCAUGCUGAAGGUCCUCGCGGCGAAGAAUCCUUCGGGCGAGUCAGCCCCGAACUCCAGUCGAGGUGAGUCCCGCUCCUAAAGGAUGACGGCGGAACAUGGUCUGGCCGCGCGGCGGCUGUAGGCCGUUGAGACCAUGGUCGAAGUAGCAGGCUUCACAAGGGUCAAAGAGUCAAAGGGCUGGUGAAAAGGAUCGUAGCAGCUCCAGCUGUCUGGAACUGGACUCCCUGUGAUGGAGCAGAUGUUGGAAACUGGAACUCCA